AUGGACAAAUGGGUCGGUAAGAUUGCAGUAGUCACUGGAGCUUCAUCCGGAAUCGGAGCUGCAAUAGUCAAAGAUUUAGCUCAACAUGGUUUAAUUGUCAUUGGACUAGCUCGUCGCUCUGAAAAAGUCGAUGAAAUUGCAAAGGAACUAACCUCAGCACCUGGAAAAAUUCAUUCACACAAAUGUGACGUCGGCGAUUUAAACUCAGUCAAAAAAACCUUCAAAUGGAUUGAAGAAAAAUUCCAAAAAGUCCAUAUCCUCAUCAACAAUGCUGGAGUUUCGUUCUACGAUGAUAUUCUGGAUCCAAGUGAUGAAAGAACUGCAAGACUGAAUGAAGUCAUCAACAUCAACUUUACUGGACUUGUCCACACAACAAGAGAAGCCUUUAGACUAAUGAAAGUAGCUGAUGACUACGGAAUGAUCAUCAAUGUAGGCUCAGUUUAUGACAACAUGAUUAAAUUCCCAAACACAUCAUCAAUAUAUCCAGCAACAAAGUAUGCUGUUCGGUCAUUGACUGAGAUAAUUCGUCAAGAGCUGAUUGUGGCUGAUAAUGAUAAGAUAAGAGUCGCGAAUGUUAGUCCGGGGAUUGUGAGGACUAAUAUUGGACAUGCUGCUGGUAGACAGGAUGCUGAUACAUUUUAUGACACUAGACCUUGCUUGGAGCCUGAAAGUAUUUCUGAAGGUGUUAUUUAUAUGCUGAGUACGCCUUGGAAUGUGAAUGUGACGCAAUUGACGAUUAAACCUGUGGGCGAAAGGUUUUGA